CUUGGAGUUUUAAUUUGAGGUUCUUGCAGUUGACAUUGUUAAUACCUUUUGGAGAUAGUACUUCAUACUCACCGUUAAUUGAGAUCUUGUGUUUAACGAUAGUGCAAUGUUAACUUUGACCUGGAAGUUAUGCAGGUGUUGACACCCAUAUGAGAUACAUCUGAAAGAGUUUUUAAGAUUGGAACAAAAAUACCUUUGUUCUACAAAUGAUUUUGACCAUUGUAUUCUUUAUUUGACCAGCUUGAUGAAUGUCUUUUACUUUAUUUUCUUUUCAGACACGAACAUGUUCUACAUACAUGGCUCUCUCUGUUGCUGAAUUCAUUGAUUUAAGUAUGGGACUUUUUUCUGUGCAGGUAACAGAAUAUGGAAGUUACAAACAAGAAUAUGAAGGAGAAGACGGCGACAUGUAUUGGAAUAGAGAGUAUGCAGAUGGUGAAGAUGGUGAGAUGUCGUGGUUCAAUGCUGGUGUGAGGGUUGGUGUGGGAAUUGGUCUUGGUGUCUGUGUAGCUUGGCAUUGGGGUUGGCCUUCUUGUGCGUACCUAUCAAUCAACCACCAGAAACUUCAGAAGGAGGAUUAUCUAGUUUCGUUCAAAUUGCCUCGAGCUUCUCCUACUCUUUCUCUCUCUAACUCCAGUCCAUAGCACAUCACUUUUGACUGCAGAACUUUAAGCAAUAUAUAGUCUAAGCUAAUACUUCGUGUGUAUUUUUUUUCUCUUUGUGCCUUGAAAUUUUGAAAGAAAUCAUUCUCUUCUUGUGUUUGUUGAGUUUUCAUACUGAAAGAAACAAAGCUUUUUGCUGGUAA